GUUAUGUUGUGAUAACAUAAGUGGAACAAAUAAUUUUAGAAAGUAGCAUUUGAUUUAUUAAUUAUCUCACUACAUAAUUGAAUGCUUUGAUAUAAAUAGGAUUCAGACAGAUCACACGUUUAAUAAAAUAUUUUUUUCAGUCUGAUGUGACGGAUGUGUAUUAUUAAUUUUUAAUGUACUUAAAAAUCAUUCUGAAUUCUACCAUUAAAAAUGUCGAAAUUAAUCAGAAAAUGUACUAAAAUAUUUGCAACAACUGUCUCGCAGCAUUGUGUUAACAUUGGUACCAAAACAACAAGAAGGUAUGUGUCAAAUGCACAUCAGUGUCAGAAUAAAACUCUAACAGAGCAUAUACCUCUCUCCAAUGACAUCUUGUUUCGCCAGCUAUUCGACCCAUCUUCCAGUACAUAUACAUAUUUAUUAGCUGAUACAACUCAGAAAAAAGCAAUAUUGAUAGAUCCAGUAUUAGAAUGGGCUGAUAGAGAUGCUACAUUAAUUAAGGAUCUAGGAUUGGAACUCAAAUACGCAAUAAACACUCACAUGCACGCUGAUCAUAUAACAGGAACAGGUAAAUUAAAAUCAAUAUUACCUGGUUGUAAAUCAAUUAUAUCUCGACGUAGUGGUGCGCAAGCGGAUAUUUUACUUGAACCACAUGAUUCAAUUAAUUUUGGACGACAUCAACUAGAAGCUUUAUCAACUCCAGGUCAUACAGAAGGUUGCGUGACAUACGUAUGUCAUGAACAAGGUAUCGCAUUUACUGGAGAUACACUUUUAAUCCGUGGAUGUGGUAGAACAGACUUCCAGGGUGGCUCACCAGAAACUCUCUAUGAAUCAGUACAUAAGUUAAUAUUUAAUUUACCAUCAAACUUCCGGCUUUAUCCAGCUCAUGACUAUACCGGUCGAACUGUAACAACAGUUGCUGAAGAACGUAUUUUAAAUCCACGACUUACUAAAACUAAGGAAGAAUUUAUCAAGAUUAUGAAUAACUUAAAUCUUUCAUAUCCAAAGAUGAUUGACAAAGCCGUUCCAGCAAACAAAGUUUGCGGCAUUUACGAGUAUCCAACAGAGAAAGAAGAAUAAAUGAUACUCUGGUACGGCUGUUACUGUUCUACUAAAGAGGAUAAAGAAAAGGGAAAAGUAUCGAGGAAAUCCACAUAUAUUUUUUUAAAAAAAUGAAAAAAAAUAAACCAAUGAUAAAAGAUAAA